CUUUCGCAACCGGUUUCUGGCUCAGGGCCGUGAAUGGAGGACAACGAUAGACACCAAGUGACCGACUUCCGCAUUCUUUCACGUUCUUUCAAGAAAUAGCCUCCAGCGAUGCCAAGGGAGAUCAUCACCCUUCAAGCAGGGCAGUGCGGAAACCAAGUGGGCCAGGAGUUCUGGAGUCAAUUAUGCGCAGAGCACGGAAUCAGCCCUGAUGGGACGCUGAAAGAGUACGCGACCGACGGGACGGAUAGGAAGGAUGUGUUCUUCUACCAGGCCGACGAUGAGCAUUACAUUCCACGCGCGCUACUGCUGGAUUUGGAGCCUCGAGUCAUCAACAACAUCCUAACAUCCCCCUACGCAAACCUAUACAAUCCCGAAAACAUCCUGCAAUCGAAAGACGGGGGAGGUGCCGGGAACAACUGGGCGGCUGGAUACGCCCAGGCCGAGAAGAUCCACGAAGAUAUAAUAGAGAUGAUUGAUCGAGAGGCUGAUGGGAGUGAUAGCUUGGAGGGGUUCAAUCUCCUCCAUUCGAUUGCGGGAGGCACAGGGUCCGGAUUGGGAUCGUCGCUGCUGGAAACGCUGAACGAUAGAUACCCGAAGAAGUUGAUUCAGACGUAUUCGGUGUUUCCGAAUAGUCAGGAGACGAGUGAUGUGGUAGUGCAGCCGUAUAACUCUAUGCUGAGUCUGAAGCGAUUGACGCUCAAUGCUGACUCGGUGGUGGUCCUCGACAAUGCGGCUCUCAAUAGGAUCGCCGCUGACACCCUCCAUAUUCAAAACCCAACAUUUGCGCAAACGAAUCAAUUGGUAUCCACCGUCAUGAGCGCGAGUACCACCACCCUACGAUACCCUGGCUACAUGAACAACGACCUCGUGGGCAUCAUCGCUUCCCUGAUCCCAACACCGCGAUGCCAUUACCUCAUGACCAGCUACACACCGUUCUCUGGGGAGCAAGUUGAAAAGGCAAAGAGCAUCCGGAAGACAACGGUGCUGGAUGUGAUGCGGAGACUGCUGCAACCAAAGAACAAGAUGGUGUCGAUCACACCGUCCAAAAAAAGUUGCUAUAUUUCCAUUCUGAACAUUAUUCAGGGAGAUGCGGACCCAACAGAUGUGCACAAAUCAUUAAUGCGUAUACGAGAAAGGCGGCUUGCACAGUUCAUUCCAUGGGGACCUGCUAGCAUCCAGGUCGCGUUGUCGAAGAAGAGUCCGUAUAUACCGACGGCCCACCGUGUUUCAGGGCUGAUGCUGGCAAAUCAUACCAGCAUUGCAUCGUUGUUCAAACGCACAAUGGAUCAAUACGACCGCCUGCGUAAGCGCAACGCGUUCUUGGAGCAAUACCGUCGAGAACCGAUGUUUGCGGAUGGGUUGGAUGAGUUUGAUGAUUCGAGGGAGGUUGUGCAAGAGCUAAUCCAUGAGUAUGAGGCUUGUGAGAGCCCUGAUUACAUUAGCUGGGUAAGUCUUUUCUCAUUUGGUGUGUCUCGUUUUCUGCUUUGAUCUUCGUGACACUUUUUUUUCAUUUAGAAUUCAAAACAACCAGUUUGAAGCUUAAGAAGGCCGGAUGGUGGAUGUUGGACUAUAGAUCACUCGGGCCGUAAACAGAUGAAUAUUGUAUAUAGACGGCUGGACGAGAAGACAUCAGGAACCAUCCUUUGGCCAUAGCAGGAAGGAAUGCCGCAUUUCAGGAUAGAAG